AAAUUAAAGCAGUCCUUAAAAUAAGCAAAAAAAAAAUAAAUCGUCAUUAAGAGAGAACAAUAUCCAUUAAUAACAUGGUCUUCUCCUCUUCUAUACACAUGUUUAGCAAAACCUAAAUAUAUCUCAAUUAUCCCUUCCCGUUUAUCCCGGUUGUAACAUCCCGUUUAAAUCCCACCUCCAAGAUGAGGCUAUUGGACCAGGACCAAUUUCACAUGAACGCCCGUUAAACGCUCUAAUGAUGAGCACUUAAAGACCAUCAGAUGCACCGCCUAUUAGACAAUAACGAGUUGAUUUCUACCAUCAUUUUCCAAAAUUCGUUCUCAGAAAGAAUUAAGACGCCUAAAUGGAACUAUAAGUUAAAUCAGUUGAAAUGGAAGCAAGAACUUUUGGAAGUUUGAGUAAAAUUGAAACGAAAGAUAACGCGUCGAAGUCGAAAAACUUUAUGAUCGAUUCGUUAUUGGCGGAAAGUGGAAAUGAAACAUCGACGGAAAAAAAUAAAAGUGAUCAAUGUGGUUUGGUGGAUGUAGUUGAAAAAGUGGACGAGGAGAGUUUGAUUAAAGUUGAUGGGAGUUCCGAUGAUGGAGAUGAAAGUUUGAGGUUUUUGCGGGAAAGUGAUGGGACUAAUGAGGUAAAUGGGCGUUGUUUGGAUGUUGGGAGUAAUCCGGAAGCGAUGUUUUCAAGGCGAUUUUCUGAAGAUUCCCAAUUUUCUGAUUACAAAUCGGAGGAAGAAAGGAAAAAGAGGCCCCGAACCGCUUUUACAGCGGCACAAAUAAAAAGUUUAGAAGCGGAAUUUGAACGAAAUAAAUAUUUAUCCGUCGCUAAAAGGUGUCAGCUUUCAAAAAGUUUAAAAUUAACCGAAACUCAAAUAAAAAUUUGGUUUCAAAAUCGACGAACGAAAUGGAAGAGAAAAUAUACAAACGAUAUUGAGUUAUUAGCCCAACAAUAUUAUUCAUCAAUGGGAAUUUUAGCACCGAGACCAAUUUUUCUUGGGGAUAGAUUGUGGUUUUUUAAUUAUCCGGGUCAAGCAACUUCAGGAAGCAAUCAUCAAAUUCCUCCGGGAAUUUUACCAAUGCCAAAUACAAACCAAAUCUUACCACCGUCAAUGCACCAUAUACAUCAGUCAAAUUAUCCUAAUUACAUGGAAUAUAGAGAGGGUUCAACAAACGAAACACCACCGAUUUUACAAUUACAACAAAAUUUUGGACGAAGUUUUGAAAAUUCUUGAAAACCGAUUG